GUGUAUCGCGGUAUGCAGGUCUCAUUCAGUCGACAAAAACCGAACACACAGCAAACAAUCACGCGAAUACGCGAGUUUUCUGGGGACUAAAGUUCUGAAACGUUCGGCACGCUCUAACGCGCUAUGUCAAUCUAGCAGUGUGAAUUGAAAAAGUGAAAUGUAGAAUCAACGCCUAAAGUUUAUUCGAUUAUUUUGUUCGUUAUUUAUUUUUUUGUUGGAAAUUUUGAGUUUUUCUUUCUGCAACAACAAAGAAAACGCAAUAAACAAAAGAAGAAGAAAAAAAAAACGGGCAAACAAAGCGAAAAAUAAACACACACUCACGAAAAAAGCGUGCAACAAAUAUUUCUCUGUGUUAAUUUGUUAAGUUUGACGUCGCUUCUACUGUAAAUACCACAAAAACCAUUUUAAGAAAACAAAACAAAAUCGAAACAGUUAUCGGGUCCGCAGAAGUAAUAUAUAAUUCAGAAAAAAAACGAACAAAAUAAAACAAUUAUAUCAAGCAACUCUUUAAGAGUUUUUCUACUCCUAAGGAAUAAAAGUAUUAUAUAUUUAACACAUAAUCCUCCUAUCUAUCAUCAUCGAAAAUCGAAAAAAAAAAUCCGACAUUUGGUUGUCAUUCUAUUUCUCUUCCUCUUCACUUGAAUAGAGCGAGCAACCUGAAAGUGUAAUUUUUGUUACAAAAUAUCCUCCUAUUCCUGCAAAAAGUGUCUUUUUAUCGUUCUCUGUUCUCUUGUUCGCGUUCGUCGUUAAUCUCCGUUAUAACAUUGUUAAUCGUGAUCGUUGUCGCCGCCGCUGUCGUUAUCAAGUUUUAUCGUUGUCGUGUCGCAUAUCGUUCUGUUUCUUGUGUCAUCGUUACAAAUCGUUACUCUGUCGCAUUCGUAAAGUUGCUGUUGUCGUAACGUCGUUACCGUCGCCGCCACAAUGUUCAAGUGCAUUCCAAUUUUUAAAGGCUGUAAUCGCCAGGUCGAGUUUGUGGACAAACGCCAUUGCUCACUGCCGACAGUACCCGAAGAGAUCUUACGCUAUUCGCGUACAUUGGAGGAAUUAUUCUUGGAUGCGAAUCACAUUCGUGAUUUACCGAAGAAUUUCUUCAGACUCCAUCGUUUACGGAAAUUGGGCUUGAGUGACAAUGAAAUUGCUCGUUUACCUCCGGAUAUACAACAUUUUGAAAAUCUUGUGGAACUGGAUGUUUCACGCAAUGAUAUUCCAGACAUUCCCGAUGACAUCAAACACUUGAAAAGUUUACAAGUGGCUGAUUUCAGUUCAAAUCCUAUUCCAAAACUACCCGCUGGCUUUUCACAAUUAAAAAACUUAACAGUUUUAGGUUUAAAUGAUAUGUCACUCACGACGCUGCCGGCAGAUUUUGGUUGCCUUACCCAACUGGAAUCGCUGGAAUUGCGUGAGAACCUCUUGAAACAUUUACCCGAGUCCAUUAGUAAACUAACAAAACUGAAACGCCUCGAUUUGGGCGAUAAUGAAAUCGAACAACUGCCACCAUAUUUGGGUUAUUUGCCCGCCCUCCAAGAACUUUGGCUAGAUCAUAAUCAAUUAACAAAAUUGCCACCGGAAUUGGGACUCUUGAGCAAUCUGACCUAUUUGGACGUAUCAGAAAAUCGCCUGGAAGAAGUUCCGAAUGAAAUCAGUGGUUUGGUGAACUUAACCGAUUUGGAUUUGGCACAAAAUCUCCUGGAAUUUUUGCCGGAUGGCAUUGCAUCGUUGCAUCGCUUAACAAUAUUGAAAUUGGACCAAAAUCGUUUACAAAGACUCAAUACAAAUAUUGGAGACUGUGAAAACAUGCAAGAACUCAUACUCACCGAAAACUUCCUAUCCGAAUUGCCAGCCUCCAUUGGCCAAAUGACCAAAUUAAGCAAUUUAAAUGUGGAUCGCAAUGCCCUCGAAUAUCUGCCCAUUGAAAUUGGCAAUUGCAGCAGCCUGGGAGUGCUCAGUCUGCGCGAUAACAAAUUGAAAAAAUUGCCACCAGAGUUGGGUAAUUGCAGCGUUCUGCACGUGUUGGAUGUCUCGGGAAAUCAAUUGCAAUAUCUGCCAUACUCUCUGGUGAAUUUACAAUUGAAAGCCGUUUGGCUGUCGGAAAAUCAAGCCCAGCCAUUGUUGACAUUUCAGCCGGAUACAGAUGAGGAGACUGGUGAACAGGUCUUGACGUGUUAUCUACUGCCACAACAGGAAUAUCAACCAAUUGCACCCGAUUUUCCACCCGGUCAACUUUAUCGAUCAAGUGAGAAAUUCGAUUCAACGGAAUUCCAUCAAUACCAACAACAAGCACGUGAAUUGGAAUCAGACUCCGAGGGCUGGGAAGAACGUGAACAAUCGCGUACACAUUCGGUUAAGUUCAAUCCCGAUGUACCAACUCACGAAAAGGAUUCAACAUUUACCCGACAAAACACCCCACAUCCCAAGGAGUUGCGUGACAAGGCCAAAAAGCUAAUUCUCAAACAUCAAAAAACCGAUGAGCCAGCAGCAGGUGGUUUGGAACCACUUUCCGAAGAGAAACACUCAAAGCAAGAAUACAGUUCCACCACUGUGGAGAGUACAACAUCGCCAUCUAGUAACUAUAGUGAAGAACCAUCACUCAAGCAGGCAACUCUCCACGGGCAACCACAACAGUUGUUGGUAAAGACACAAACCAGUCAACAACAACCGCCUCCCUUAACAAUGGCUGCAGAACCAAAAUCGCAAACUAUGACUGCUGCCAGCACUGCUUCGCAAGAUGAUGACGACGACGACGAGGAAGAUGAUGAAUAUGAUCAAUCCGAAAGACGUGUUGGCUUUCAAGUUGAACAUGAUGAUGAAGAAGAUUUCCGCAACAGACCACCGAAACUACAUAGACGGGACACCCCUCAUCAUCUGAAAAAUAAACGCGUCCAACAUGGCAUCAGCAACAAAAAAGAUCAUGAAAUCCUAACCAAUGCUCUGCAACAGGAAAAGAAAGUACAACAGUUGCCCACUGUUGUACAAUCGCCCAUUGCUGAGAAUCCCUCAGAAAUAGAACCAGAAUCCCAAGGGAACAAUCUCCCAGCUCCCUUUGAUGCAUCGCUGUCGCCCAUUGCCGUUAAACCGCAAGCAGCAGAAAGCGCCCAAACCACAGGGGCGGCCAUCAGUGCUGAUGAUACUUUGGAUGGUGUUACCGAAUUACGUUUGGAACAGUACGAAAUACACAUUGAACGCACCUCCGCCGGUUUGGGUUUGAGCAUUGCCGGCGGCAAGGGCUCAACACCGUUCAAGGGCGAUGACGAUGGUAUUUUCAUAUCACGUGUCACCGAAGGUGGUCCCGCCGAUUUGGCUGGCCUUAAAGUUGGUGACAAAGUUAUCCGUGUGAAUGGCAUACCCGUCGUGGAUGCCGAUCAUUAUCAGGCGGUUCAAGUGUUGAAAGCCUGUGGUGCAGUUUUGGUAUUGGUUGUGCAACGUGAGGUCACACGUUUAAUUGGCCACCCGGUAUUCAGUGAGGAUGGCUCAUUGUCACAGAUUUCCGUUGAAACGCGUCCUUUGACAGCGGCUGUAGCACCACAAACACAAUUACAACAACAGCAGCAGCAACAGCAACAGCCAGCCGUGACACAUCAUGAACGUUAUAUACCACCACCUCUGGACAUUUUACCCGAGCAACAGGAACAUACGCUGCAACAGCAUAGUUAUCAAGCAAAUGUAUUUACCACGCCAGGUACAGUAACAGCUGCAACAGCUGGGCCUGUUGCUGGCGCCUCAGAACAUCAGCAGCAGCAACAUGUAGGCGGUGCAGUUUCGACAAAUGGCAUUUUCGAAAAUGGCAAGGAUGGCCCAUUGAGUUACAUAACAUUGCAUACCACAUUGAUACGCGAUCAAAUUGGUCAAGGUUUGGGCUUCAGCAUUGCCGGUGGACGAGGUUCACCACCCUACAAAGAUGGAUGUGAUGGAAUUUUCAUUUCACGCAUAACUGAAGGUAGUCUGGCACAUCGCGAUGGCAAAAUAAUGGUGGGAGACCGUGUAAUGGCGAUUAAUGGCAAUGACAUGACAAAUGCCCAACAUGAUGCUGCUGUCCAGUGUCUGACACAACCACAACGUUUUGUCCGUUUGGUUUUACAAAGAGAAUAUCGAGGACCAUUGGAGGCACCCUUGAGCCCGCAUAGUCCGGCUGUAUUGAAUGCACUGAGCCCUUCAGGUUAUCUAAACAAUCGUCCGGGUAAUUUUAAACGUUCCAUUGGUGACAUGAUUGACGAACAGCAGCAACAACAACAACACAUGAUUUACCAACAAACACAACAAACUCCAGUGUCGUCCUAUGAUUCUAAUAGAAAUCUAGCGGCACCAACAACAAUGCCUGCAUCUGUAAGUCCUAAUAUAGUGCCUGCAACAAAAGCAAAUGGUUUUGCUAAUGCAACAGUUCAUCAACAACAACAACAGCAGCAGCAACAUAUGACACCUCAGCUUCAACCCCAACAACAAAUUGACAAAGUAACAGGUUUGCCGGUACCAGCACCCAGACGCUCUAAUUCCAUACCUUUGGGUGAUGGUCCAACCACCGAUGCUGUAGCUAGUCCAACAUCCGUUGCUACGCAACCCGUUGCAUCAAAAACAUUAACAUCUCCAGUUGCAGCCUCGACAAGUUCCACCCAUCAAAAUGGUUCUAUACCCCAGUCGCCAACAACUAAUGCCAAUGCUGCUAACACCGCCACCGAUCCAAUUGAGACACAGCCACCACCUUUAAGGCCUUUGACGAGUGAAGAUUUUCAGGCAAUGAUACCGGCACACUUCCUCAGUGGUGGAUCUCAGCAUCAGGUGCAUGUGGCACGGCCGAAUGAAGUGGGUGUGGCUGGUGUUACUGUGACCGUCAAUAAGGCCGUUCCCGAUAUGCCCAUGUUCCCAGCAGCUCCCACCGAAUUGGGUCGCAUUACCGAAACCAUUACCAAGUCAACCUUUACGGAAACGGUUAUGACCCGUGUCACCGAUAAUCAUUUAGCGGAACCCCUAAUAAGUGAGGAAGUUGUAUUACCCAAAAAUCAAGGAUCUCUGGGCUUCAGCAUAAUUGGCGGCACAGACCAUUCAUGUGUACCAUUUGGCGCACGAGAACCGGGUAUUUUUAUAUCACAUAUUGUACCUGGUGGCAUUGCCUCGAAAUGUGGCAAAUUACGUAUGGGUGACCGUAUACUUAAAGUUAAUGAUACCGAUGUCUCACGUGCCACUCAUCAAGAGGCUGUAAUGGAGCUACUCAAGCCUGGUAAUGAUAUUAAGUUAACCAUCCAACAUGAUCCAUUGCCAGCCGGAUUCCAGGUCGGCAUGCGUUUGCUCGAGGUGAAUGGCAACUCGUUACUGGGUGCCACACAUCAGGAUGCUGUCAAUGUCCUUCGUAAUGCCGGCAACGAUAUACACUUGGUCGUCUGUAAGGGAUACGAUAAAUCCAAUUUGAUUCAUUCUAUUGGUACAGCUGGUGGCAUGAGCACCGGCUUUAGUCGUCAUGGUUCACGUGCCUCAGAGACUGGUUCAGAGCUCAGUCAAAGCCAAAGUACAUCCAGUUUGGAUCGUGAUGAAGAUGAACGUCUAAAACACCAGGAUUUGGAAGUUUUUGCAACAAAAACUGAAACGAAUAAUGAACAGCAGCAACAAGCAGCAGCUGUGCCAGUCGUGGCAGCCAACACACCAACGGCAGCAGCAGCAAACUCAGUAUUAACCGCUCCAACCACCACCGCCACCACUGUGCCAAAGGCUACAACAGAUGGCUUUAGCGUGCCCCCGCAUCAUGAUGCUGCCCUUGUUGCCCAAAACACUGAACAGUCCUUGGCUUCCACAAAAGAAAAGAGCACUCCUGAAAAAGUAUUAGAAAUAGUACGAGCUGCUGAUGCAUUUACCUCCGGACCACCUAAAUCACCAUCCGAACACCCUGACCAGGAUAAAAUCCAAAAGACUACAACGGUGGUGAUAUCAAAGCAUACACUUGACACAAAUCCGGCACUGCCACCGGCAACAUCGCCCACAGCGGCGACGGGUAGUGGUUCAAUGGCAAGUGGUGGGGCGACAGUUGUUACACCCUCGCCAACCUCGUCGUCGACAACCACUACUUCGUCACCUGUUUCACAGCCUCAGACACCCCAGAGCUCUAAAUCUGGAAGCAAAACUUCAAUGAAGAGGGAUCCUCAUUAUGAAUAUAAGCAAAUGAUAAAUGAAAUGGAAACGCAGAGCAGUGAGCACGACGAGGAGGAGGAGGAGGAACAGGUAGCCUCAAAUAAAGUCAAAGUGGAGCCGGUCUAUAUCAUAGAUGAUGAUGACGAUGAGGACGACGACGAUGAUGAUGAUGACGACGAUGAGGAGGAUGGAGAAGAAAAUCAAGACGAUGACACCCUAUCACCCUCAACACCAGCCGGUGAACAUCUGGAUACCGAUUCAGAUUUUUAUGAAAGAAAUCGUCCUGCUCCACGUUACACAAGCGAUUCGGAAAGUGAUAGCCAAAGAAUACACAAGGCCAGACUUCAAACUGCUUCCGGGCGCAGUACACCAGACCUUUCCUCUUCCAACUAUGGCGGUCAUCAUCGUAAAUCUGUUAGCUUUGACCUCAGCGGUGAUGAACGAUCCAAAUCCGACUAUGAGCGGUCCAAGACUCCAGAUUAUUACAGCUCAAGGCACUAUGAAUCCGAACAAGAAUACAAUCCCUCAAGGCUGCCACGUAAGGGAAUUUUACGUGCCACCAGUCCUUCGUCUUCCAAUAAUUCUUCUUUGGAGAAGAAACGCCCCGAAAAACUGCCACCCUUGGUGCCGACAGUGGCCAGAAUAAAGGAGAUCGAAUCCCCUGUGGUACAGCGAGCCAUUUCACCUUCACCCUCACCAAAUUACGCUAGCGGUGGUCGUAUGGCCAGCCCACCACCACCUGCCGAAAAGGUCUUGGUCUCCUCUGAAAUAGAACGGGAUAAUCCCUUCCGCGAGGCGUUCUUAGAUAAAAAUCGCACCGAUGAGUACACAGAGAUUGCCAAGGCCAUAUCAAAGUCACCACGUUCGCCCAGAGAGAAUUAUUUCUUUGGUUCCAAAUCCGGCUGGAAAUCCAAUGAAGACCUUUUGAAAGCGGAAAGGAUUUCCAGUUCCUCAGUGCAAUCCAAAUCAACGGAGAAUCUUUCCACACAACCCUUACGAAAACCACCACCUCCACCCCUUAUGCCAAAGCCGAAAUUGAAAAAAGCCGAUCUAAUGCAUAAUUUUGCCUUGGAAAGUUUUCAGAAUACUGAUGUUGGUCAUGGCGAUUUUGCGGUAUUUGAACAUGAUCCCACCACCAAUCAAAUACACGAGGUGACCAGGCCAUCAACACCGGGUGCCAAGCUACCGGUAAGGGUUAAAACACCCAAAAGUCCCACCCCAAGACCCAAAGAUAGUCCUCCUCCACCACCGGUAAAUUACGCUACAUUGCCUAAACUUCCACCAAAAUUGCAGCCGACGCUGGGCACUAGCGAGGAAUCCCAAUACAUGGAAGUUUUGCCACCUCUGCCGCCACCAGUGCCCACUCUCUAUGCGGUGCCGUCCAUAGAUGAGGUACCACCGGCCCAACGCCGUCCAGCUGACUUCAUACACGAAAAUUCACCGGACAACAUUUUGGUUAGCGAAGAGGAACAUCGCACAAUUUUACUGCAAGAGAAUGAGCUAAGGAACCAAUUGCGUCGCUCGACAGCAAAUAAAACCCAUGUUCCCGAACUGGGUGCACCCCAUGAGAAAGCCCCACCAGUGCCCAGCGGCAGCAGUCAGCCACAACAUCAGCCUCAACGUCAUAUGCAACGUUUGGAUUUAACAAGUUCAGGGUCCAAUGUAACGUCGAUGACAGUGCCGGUGCCAGUAACACAAACCACCACUACCUCAGCUCCCACUGUCCUACCACAUAAUCCCUUGUCGCCAACACAAAUCUUUCCCACAGCUCAAAUAUUACCGGUGCAAUAUUCGAAUCUGCCCCAACCGCAGCAGCCAAGUGCUGCUCAUGUCUUGGCCCCGGGACAGUCGAUAAUAGCUUUGGGCGGCGGUGGUUAUGUGCUGCUGCCACAGGCUGUGCUGGCAGGUGUAAGUGCAGGUGCAACCGCUGCUGCACCCCUAUUCAUUCAGCAACAACAGCAUACGCCACAGCUGCAUAUGCAUCAGCAACAAAUAGUGAUAUCACCUGCUGAUGUUUCAUCGCUGACCACAACAGCAACAACAAAAGUGCCUAAAUCGGUAUCGGAUAAAAAACGUUUCUUUGAAUCGGCCAUGGAGGACCAACAUAAACCAAAGACAGAAAAAGUUUUCUCGUUCCUGUCUCAAGACGAAGUUGAAAAGCUGAAACAAGAGGAAGAGCGUAAAAUUGCAACAUUACGCAGCGAUAAGAAUAAAUCGCGAUUAUUGGAUGAUGUCAAUAGAAGGCGUCAACAAGACAACAAAAACGAUAAUAAGGAUGUGGAUGAGGAUGAGAAUGAGGAUAACUACGACGACGAUGAUGACGAUGGUAGUUACGAUAAUGGUGAUGCAGUUGAUAUGCAUCAUGCCAAUAAUGGUAAAGGCAAACGAAGUGGGGACACAUUACGGGAAUGCAGCGAUGAUGAUGACGACGAAGAUGUUGAUGACGAUGAUUCAGAAGACAUUAGAAGGAUACAACAACAGACAAGAAGUUUAAAGACGGCGGCAGCCACGUCACCAACAGCUGCACAUGCAACAUCAACACAAAUUUCCCCCAACACUACAGCUACAACGGCUGCAACAACAACCAAGCCUAAGAGAACAUUAAAGCCACCCUCCGUUGUAGCUUGCAAACUUAAGCAGGGCAAUGCAUUAAAGACAAGUGAAAAUAUUGUAAAGCCAGUCGACGAGUCAACAACAGCGACAGCGUCGGCUUCGGCAGCAGCACCACCGCCAACAAGAAUGACUGCAAGUGCAGAACAUAUGCCAAAACCGCAAAUCCAGGCGCCAAAAAUACGAACAACAAAAGUGAAAACAACGUCACAAACAUUGGUCACAGAUGAACAACAAAGUGCGAAACCAGUUAAGUUUAAACCUCAAAAUGUCAGCGUCAGUGAGUCGACGACCACCUCCAGCAUUGUUGGCACAACAUCACCUUCACCAACACCGAUAGCAACGGGCGCACAAUCGCCCAAACCUUCAUUGUUGCCAAAACCAAAGGUAAAAGUGGUAAUACCACCCGCCUUGCUGCAAAAACAACAACAUCAAGAUAUUGAGGAUCCCACCUCACCACCUUCUAGUCGUAUACCGGUACUGCGUUCAACAACACCAGCAAAUGCCGAAAAACGGGCAUUACAAGCCACACUUGCUGCAACAUCGGCAUCAGCAAUCGACCGACCAACAUCCCCCGAGCAGGAUGCGAAGGCAAAGAAUAGCAAUGCUCUGAUAAAUGCUGAAAAACGUGCCUCAUGGCGUGCCGCCCGUUUACGUUCGUUGGAGAAGGGAGCCGUGGAAGCCCAAGCUGUAAUACAGAAUAUGACUAGAAUUGCCGAUGACCUGUCCACGGAGACAUUCCCCACAGAGACGAAAAAAAUCGUUUUCCCCAAAAUCGCCAUUAAAUCUAGCGAAGGUGCUGUUGUAAUACGUGAACGUGAAAAGAUACUUGACGAGAAAAUUGUACGACGCACUGAAGAGGUACCCUGUCCCAUAACGGGUAUACCUCAAUUGCGCACCGUCGAGUACAUUGAAAAGAUCAUCGAAACGGAGGUGGAAACUAGUCGAGAGAAGAUAAUCUCAUUAGAAUUGCAAGACCCCGAAAAGGACGACGAUACAUCCAGUGCAUCACUACAGCAGUUCGUGCCCGAGCUGGAGAUUGAGGACCAGAUGUUGUUGCACCACACGACCGCAGCGCCAAGCAAAGACUUUGACGACGCCGUCACUGGAUUGGACAAGAUGAUGGCCAAAGAUGCCAUUAAAGACGGAAUUCUUCCAAUACCUCACGUUCGUAAAACUGUUGUAGAAACAUUAGAAAAGUUUCAAAUAACUAAAAACUAUGAUGGUGCGGAGGAGGAGGAGGCGGAGAUGGAGGAGGAAAGAGAACCAUCAGCACCGGAGGUUGAGCGUAAUGCUGUUGUUGAGGUAAUAAAAAUUCCAAAGGAACCGGAAGAGUUAGUGGUUGUGCUGCCAGCAUCUACAGAUGAGGAUGAGGGCGACGAAACGGACACUGCCUCAAUUGUAACCGUCCAGGCAAAUACAGAGAAACUCUUUUUACGCACCGAUGACGACGAUGAAUUACCAUCAAUUGAAUUGGAUAGCAUUAGUAGUACGGGCCUUUUUGGUCCAUCGUCAUUGGAGAGCGUGGGUUCUGCAUCGACCAGUGGCAAAGUUACAAUAAAGCCCAAUACCAUUACCAUGCAUCAAACUUUGGCCAAGGAAAUUGUUGUGCCAGCUACAACUACAACGACGAUUACCACGACGAAGAAAGUGGGACCCCAGGAGGAGGGUGAAAUCAUAACCACCACCACGACCACCACUACUCAGAAUAUAGUGCAAGUGGUGAACCCCUUGAUAUCUGGCGAGGGACAGGUGCAGAGUAUUGCCAUUAGCCGUCCCCGGCAUUGUGAAUAUCCUUCUUUUGAUAACGAUGACAUUGAGGAUGACUACGAGGAAGAAGAGGUCGAUCAUGGAGCCACUCAGGUUAUGCGCAGUGGUACAUUUGUUUUGCCCUCUUCCUCGUCAUCUUCCUCGGCGAGUAAGCCACGCGAAGAACUCUCCCUAAAUGCCAAAAUGAAAAAUGUUUUGGAAGAACUACUCGAAAAUGAGCGAGUGAAAUAUAAUCUGCAAAGAAGUCUGGAAGAGGACAAAGAUACCAAUGAGGCCUAUACCGAUGAUGAAGAGUUAGAAGAUCAAGAUGAAUACAACUAUCGUCGCCAACUCACCCAUACCGUACAGACUUCGGUUGGGCAAGACAAUAAUGGUAAUGAUAAUAUAAUCAAUGAAUUGAUACGGGACAGCAAUCGAAAUAAUAUGAAAAGGUUAAGGGAGCAUAUGCUUCGGGAUGAAGAUGUGGACGAGGAUGAGUUGGAUGCCACUGAAAUGCAAUUGGCACAAGAACCAGAUGAUGACGAUGAUGAGCAGGAGGGCGAUCAAGCAGAGGAGGAAGAUGAGGACGAAGAAGAUGAUGAUGAUGAGGACGAGGAAGAAGAUGAAGAUGAAGAAUCCGAUGAUUCAGAAGACUCCGAGAGCAGUGAUAGCAGUGACGAUGAUGAUGAUGACGACGAUGAUACCAUACACAUUACAUUUGUUGAUGGUGCCAAAGUUAUUGAGAAUCGUAACAUCAACACACCGGGUCAAUUACAGAAAUCCCAGACCUAUAACACCAUGAAAGAGGCCGCUGAGGCCAUGGAUGCAGUUCAUGGCGAAACUGAAACUAGUUUGGAAGUACUAGAGGCCCCUACUCCUACAACAACCACAUCAGCCAAGGAGGAAGUCAAACCUAAAGAAAGUGAUUCUGUGAUAACUUUGGAAAAAUUGCUGGAAGAGCAAAAGAAAUAUGCCGAAAUAACCAAACAAUUGCGUAAAUCUGUAGAAAAUCUGUUAAUCGAUGAUGAUGACGAUAGUGAAAAGGAUCACAAGAAAGCUGAGAGUUCCAGAGAUGAGCACAAACAAAUUACAACAACCCAGACAAUAAUCACUACCCCCCAUGAUAGUUCCUCCGAUGCAACACAACCUGACUCACAAGAACAGCAGCAUCAUAGAAUAAUUAUUGCCUCCAAUGUAACCACACCAUCCCGCACAACCACCACCACAACCCGAACCAUUUCCGACGAAUCCGGCGAAGAAAUCUUCCAACGUUUAUUAAAUGCCGGCGGGUCACACAAACAAAUAUUUGACCAACUCAAUGAUGAAGCAUUAAGCCGCACCACCACUACCUGUACGGAUGAUAAUGGGACCAUUAUAACGACCACCACAACCAUAUCAAACAUUGUGACGAGUGGCAUACCGCGAACUACGAAAACCAUUGAAAAAGUUGUUAAAACUCAAACGGCCAGCCAGGAUAAACACAAAGAAGAAAAACCAGUAGUUAAUCAAUACAGCAGAGAAAAGAAAAACAAACAAAAACAACAGCAGUAACAUAUGUUGUGCCAACAAUUGUUGAAAAAAUGCGGCUUUUUUAAAUGUUCCCACAAAUAAGUAAACAAAUGAACGUAUAAAAGGUAAAAACCAUAUAUAUAUUAUAAAUGAAUGUUAAACUUAUUAAUUAAAAUCAUGUCAAUCUCAUUGAUUAUAUGGAUGAAGAAUGUAUUAGGGUUGUUUCCGUUCACAAACAUCUAUAUUGGAAAAGACAGAAAUAUGAUUAUACCAAUCAAAUGAUAUUGAGUAUUUUUUUUAAACAACCCUCAACUAAUUAAAACAUGGUAACACCAUUCCGUUCUAUACAUUAUUUAAUAAUAUUAAACAAAAAUUAUAUUUUAUUAAAAAAUGUAUUGAUUCAAUGUGUAUAAAAAAUAAGUCGAUCCUGUAUCUCUUUUUAAAAGAAUCUCAUCCGUCUGUAGACCUUCCUCUUCCUUUUAUAUGAAAAUCUACAUAUAUAAUGUAUUUAAUAUAGAAAUUUUCUUAAGGACAAUUUUUUUUUAAUUUUAUUAUUAUUACUUUAUAGGGUAAGUGUACCAGUAGUCGGCACUUUUAGGAUUUUCGCGUUUUUAAUCGCUCACCAUUCUGAGUGGAACAUUUCAAUUAUUACAAUGUUAAUUUAUUCAGAUUCGAAAUUUUCUAUAUUUUUUGCAAUAAUAAAUAAAGUUUUAAUAACUUUUUAUUAAAUUUCAUAAAUUUGUAGUUUUAUUAAAACAAUGUUUUUUUGCCAGUAGUCGGCACCAUUUGCCAAUUGUGGAAAUGGCAUUUUCCAACAGUCGGCAUUCCAAUUUUUUUUGUAAGAAUAAUUAAUAAUAAUAAUAAAUUAAUUCAUUAAAAUAUAAUAUUUUUGUUUAGUUAAACAGAUUCGACGUCUUUAUUGUACUUUUCUUAAGAAUAUGAAUUGUUGAGGACCUUCACAGACAAAAAUUUAAUUUUUAUUAGAAUAUUUCAUUUUUUCUUAGCGAAAUUGUGCACAAAGAUAGCUGACAAUAUAUUUGAAGUAAACAAAAUACAUUUAGUUAUAAUAGUUUCAUUUAUUUGGGCUUAAAAAUAAAAAGUGCCGACUACUGGGACAUGCCGAACUUAGGCACACUUACCCUAAUAUCGUACAAUAAUUAUAUAAUUUUUGAAACAAGAACAAGAAAGCCCGUAAUGAUAACAAUAAAAUAAAAAAAGAGAAAAAUUCUACAAAUUUAUAUACCAACUCACGUAAUUAAAAAAAAGAAAUAAAAAAAUAACUAUAUUUAAUUUUUAUGGUCUGCACAAUUGUUAUAAUAUUUAGAAGAAGAAAAAAACUAAACAUUGUAUUUUUACAAGUAAUUAACAAACAAAAAAUAC